AUGGCUUCUGAUGUGAUCUGUUACCUGGAACCUGGCACUAGGGGCACCACUCACAGCUUCCUUUUCGGAGCUCUGGCUGAACUGCUAGACAAUGCAAGAGAUGCGGGGGCUGCAAGACUUGAUGUGUUUUCAGUGGAUAAUGAAAACCUGCAGGGUGGGUUCAUGUUGUGCUUCCUGGAUGAUGGAUGUGGUAUGAGUCCGGAGGAAGCUUCAAAUAUUAUUUACUUUGGAACAUCCAAGAAACUGUUAUCGACCUUGAAAUUCAUUGGGCAGUAUGGCAAUGGUCUUAAAAGUGGAUCCAUGAGGAUUGGAAAAGACUUUAUUCUUUUUACAAAGAAGGAAGAAACGAUGACCUGCGUGUUUUUUUCUCAGACAUUCUGUGAAAGAGAAGGUCUGAGUGAGGUUGUGGUUCCAAUACCUUCAUGGUUAACAAGAACCAGAGAAUCUGUCACAGAUGAUCCUCAAAAAUUCUCAACAGAAUUGUCUAUAAUUUAUAAGUACUCCCCGUUUAAAACUGAAGCUGAAUUGAUGAAGCAGUUUGAUGUGAUCUAUGGGAAAUGUGGUACUUUGCUGGUUAUUUAUAACUUGAAGCUUCUGCUUAGUGGAGAGCCAGAGUUGGAUGUUAAAACUGACAAGGAAGAUAUCCUGAUAGCUGGAGCUCUUGAGGAUUUUCCAGAGAGAUGGUCAUUCAGAGCCUACACAUCUGUUCUGUAUUUUGACCCUCGGAUGAGAAUAUUCAUUCAGGCCCAAAGAGUCAAAACAAAACACCUAUGUUAUUCCCUCUACAGACCCAGAAAGUAUCUGUAUGUCACAUCUUCUUUCAAAGGAGCAUUUAAAAAUGAAGUUAAAAAGGCAGAAGAAGCAGUAAAGAUUGCUGAGCUCAUACUGAAAGAAGCACAAAUUGAAGCAAAGCAGCCUGACAGAACUCCUUUGUCUUCUCCCGCCAAGGGAACAGAUGUGUUACAGAAAGCUUUGGAAGAUGUAGAGGCAAAGCAUAAGGUUCUUAAAGAGAAACAGAGAGAAUUAAAAAAAGCGAGGACACUCUCCCUGUUCUUUGGAGUGAACAUAGAAAACCGAAGCCAAGCUGGGGUCUUCAUCUACAGUAAUAACCGCCUGAUCAAAAUGCAUGAGAAAGUGGGCCCACAGCUGAAACUGAAGUCCUUACUUGGUGCAGGUGUGGUUGGAAUUGUUAAUAUACCCUUGGAAAUCAUGGAACCAUCUCAUAAUAAGCAGGAAUUUCUCAACGUUCAGGAGUAUAAUCAUCUGCUAAAAGUCAUGGGACAGUACUUGGUCCAGUACUGUAAGGACACCGGGAUCAGUAAUAGAAAUCUAACAUUGUUUUGGAAUGAAUUUGGAUGCCAGAAUAACAAGGACAUGGAGAAAUCUUUGGAUUCUAUUCAGUGUCAAAGAAGGCAAGCCAUGGCCAUCCCAUUCAUCAUUCAGUGUGAUCUUUGCCUUAAAUGGAGAGUCUUGCCUCCCACUACUAAUUAUCAGGAAAAAGAAUUUUUUGAUAUCUGGAUUUGUGCAAACAAUCCUAACCUCUUGGAAAACAGUUGUCAUCAGACAGAACAUCUGCCUUCCAUCCCCCUGGGCACCAUGAGCACAGUAUCACCAUCAAAAACAGAGAAAGAGAAGCGACUUCGAGAGUCAAUCCAAAGGUAUCAGAAUCAGCUAGCAAAACAGCAGCCACGGCUUCAGUUUAUGCCAACAAGUAGGAUCACUGAGUUCACUACCACCUGCCAAACUUCGGCAUCUACGGAAAAUAUGAAAACUCAGAAAAUCAGGCCUUCGAGUGAUGACUUGAAGCGUGAGUCUCUUACAUCCUUGGAGCUGUCGGUGAGCCAUGGAGGCUGGAAAAGAAGCGCAGAAGGGACGGCCUCUGAUAUAGCGUACAUCUCAGAGACUAGAAGGCUGAAGAAGUCCACACAGAGGAAGGCAAACCCUCAACAGCAGAGAUGUCCAGCAGCCCUGCCGGAAAGUGUCAAACUAGCUGAGAGAUCCCAGGUACUGCUAAUAUCAGCACGUCACAGUGUGUGGGAAGCUCAGCCAACUGAAGGGCGCCCAAAGACUGCCCGGGCCUCUUCUUGGGAGGGAAAAAGGAAGCAGAGUCAAAACCUCGUGCAAGAGUGUGAGGCUUUGAUUGAAGCUGAAACCAGCAACAGCGAUCCAGAUAUAAUCCUGGUUUUAGAUAAAAGUGAUACUGAUGUUUCAUUGAAACAAGAAAAAAAGGAAGUUUCUCUUGUGAAAAAAGAAAAAGAGGAUCUGUGCAGUGAUACCCCAGAAAGAAAGAGGAACUCUUCACCACCUCACUGGGAAAGUACUUUAAAUGUGCUGAUGGAAGAUUUAAAUGCAAGUUCUGGACACAGAGUUUCUGUGAGUGGUGGUGGUAAAGUUGCUUCUUCGCUGACAGUAUCUUCUCAGAGCACAUCUGUCAAGGAAACAGCAAGAAAACUGAUGUCUAAAUUAAGGGAGAUUCUUCUGUAUUUUCUUCCUGAGUGUCAGCUGCCAUCAGAUUUCGGCUACACACCUGUGGAGGAACUUCUAGCAAGUUCUGAGCUGGAGCAAUGCCCAGAGGAGACAAACAAAAAGCUGAAAAUAUGUAUCAACCAGAUCCAGAAUGUUUACAUGGUCCAAUAUGAAAAAAAACUAAAGAGAAAAAUGCACUCUAUUAUCCAUGAUGCAAAUAGAAGAGGAGUAGUUACUGAAAUAUCUCUGGGACAAUGUGAAAGAAAAAGAAAAAUUGCUGAAGAUAAACUGAAUAAUCUUCGUGUGAAACUGGUGGUGUUGUUGCAGAAACUUCAGCUGGGUGGUUCAGCAGGAGACCUGGAGCAGAUUGACAGUUAUUUAGAAGCUUUGCUUAAAGAAGAUAAUCUCCUUUUCCAGAACACUUUAAAUCAAGUGACUGCAGAUCCGGGACGCAGUCUCCCUUUAGAGAAAAAAUGA